AUGAAGUCCCUUGCCCUGCUUUUCCUGCUGUCAGUGGGUGCUGCCAGCGCCGAUGUCUCACCUCGUGCAGUGUGGCAGCUGCGCAGCAUGAUCCAAUGCACCAUCCCAGGCAGUCACCCUCUGCUUGAGUUUGAUGGCUACGGCUGCUAUUGUGGCUUGGGAGGCAGUGGGACACCAGUGGAUGAACUUGACAAGUGCUGUCAAACACAUGAUAACUGCUACUCUCAGGCUGAAAAACUGUCAUCAUGCACCACCUUAGUGGACAACCCCUACACAAAGACAUACAAGUUCAGCUGCUCUAGCAAGCAGAUUACGUGUAGCAGCACCAACGACGAGUGCGAGAUGUUCAUCUGCAACUGCGACCGCGCGGCCGCCAUGUGCUUCGCUAAGGCGCCCUACGACCCGGGCCACUACAGGCUGGACACGGCCAAGUACUGCAAGUCCUCCUGA